ACCGAGCCCAGUGGAUCGGAAGAAGCAUUCAUUAGCUUCCUCUCCCGCAGCGCGGCGGCUAUGGCGGCUUCUCCUCGUCUCCCCGUCCGAGCGGUGAACCUCGGCGGGUGGCUGGUGACAGAGGGCUGGAUGUGGCCGUCCCUCUUCGAGGGCAUACCCAACAACGAUCUCCUGGAUGGCGCGCAGCUGCAGUUCAAGUCGGUAAAGCAGAACGCCUACGUGGCCGCGGAGAAUGGCGGCGGCGCGGGGCUGGUGGCGAAUCGGCCCCGGGCGUCCGGCUGGGAGACCUUCAAGCUGUGGCGGAUCAACAAGGUGACAUUCAAUUUCAAAGUGUUCGGCAACCAGUUCGUGGGCGUCAAGAGCGACGGCUCGCUGGUCGCAACGGCGGCGUCGCCGGGCCGGUCGGAGACGUUCCGAUUGGUCCGCAGCCCCGGCGACCAGUUCAGGAGAUGA